GACACCAUCUACUUUUGUCAUACAAGAAAAGAGUGCCCCUGAAAGGAAAAAAAAAAAAAAAUGUUAUUUUUAUUGUUAAUCCUCCUAAUCCUCUGUGGUUUUCUGUGGAAUUACAAAAGACAAUUAAAAAUUGCAGACAUCGCUGACAAGUACAUUUUCAUCACUGGAUGUGACACUGGCUUUGGAAACUUGGCAGCCAGAACUUUCGAUAAAAAAGGAUUUCGUGUAAUUGCUGCCUGUCUGACCGAAUCAGGAUUAACUGCUUUAAAAGCAAAAACCUCAGACAGGCUUCACACUGUGCUUCUGGAUGUAACUGACCCAGAGAAUGUCAAGAGGACUGCCCAGUGGGUGAAGAACCAAGUUGGGGAGAAAGGUCUCUGGGGUCUGAUCAACAAUGCAGGUGUUCUUGGAGUGCUAGCUCCUACUGACUGGCUGACUGUGGAGGACUAUAGAGAACCUAUUGAAGUGAACCUGUUUGGACUCAUCAAUGUGACAUUACAUAUGCUUCCCUUGGUCAAAAAAGCUCGAGGGAGAGUUAUAAAUGUCUCCAGUGUUGGUGGCCGUCUUGCAAUCAGUGGAGGGGGAUAUGCUCCAUCCAAAUAUGCAGUGGAAGGAUUUAAUGACAGCUUAAGACGAGACAUGAAAGCUUUUGGUGUGCAUGUCUCAUGCAUCGAACCGGGAUUAUUCCAAACAGAAUUGUCAGAUCCAAUAAAGGUAAAUGAAAAAAAACGCGCCAUUUGGAAACAUCUGUCUGAAGACAUCAAACAACAAUAUGGAGAAGGUUACAUUGAAAAAAGUCUUGAAAAACUGAGAGGCUCCACAUCUUUUAUAAAUGCCGACCUCUCCCUGGUUGUAAAGUGCAUGGACCACGCUUUAACAAGUCUCUUCCCUAAGACCCGUUAUACUGCUGGAAAAGAUGCCAAAACUUUCUGGAUACCUCUGUCUCACAUGCCAGCAGUUUUGCAAGACUUUUUAUUGUUGCGACAGAAAGUAGAGCUGGCUAAUCCCAAAACAGUGUGA